ACAUCCAUCUUAUAUUCUUACCACAACCAAAUAUGAUAUAUUAAAUAAGAAAACCACUAAAAUAAGCACCUCUAAUGAUAAUUGUGGUAAAUUAGUACAUGAUGAAAUGUUGAGCAAAGAUACUGAUGAUAUGUUGGUUGAAAAUAAUUCUGAUACUGAUAUAUUAUAUGAAGACGAUAUGUUGGGCAAAGAUGAUAUGGUGGGAGAAGGCAAUAUUCUGAGUGACGACGAUAUUCUGAGUGAUGACGAAGACGACAUGCUGAGUGGAAACAAUAUGUUGAGUGAAGACUAUAUAUUGAGUGAAAAUGAUUGGCUGAGCGAAAAUGAUGUAUUGAGUAAAGAUGAUGUUUUGAGCAAUAAUAUAUUGAGCAAAGAUGAUAUUUUGAGCAACGAUGUAUUGAGCGAGGACAAUUCUGAUAGAGAAAUUGUUGAUGAACCUUUGAAUAAUGAAAAUAUACCGCAUAUUAAUGGAGAAUUUGCACCAUAUUUCAGCAAUAUUACAGAAGCGUUAAUGUUUUCCACCCAAGCUUAUGAUGACUUAGCAAAUAUAAUUUGUCAUCCUCAGUUCAAAUGUGAAGAUAUCAUAAAGAAUAUUAGAUGGUUUAGAGAAUACAGACAAAGACUACAUUUGCUCCCAAUUAGAUCACAUCAAAUUCGUAUUUCUAGUAGACAAACACCAUCUACGUCAAAAAAUAUUAAGAAGGCCUAUUAUUUGUCUGUUU